UCUCGGCAUUUUUACUUUUGGCCGCUGGGGCUCUUCGUAUCCAUCCCAUGCUCGCGCCACCCCUUCUGCGUAGUCCCCCUGCCUUUUCGUCUCCAUCGCAAGCCUCGGUCUCUGCUCAGUCCCCCUGCGAGCAUCGCAUUCAGCUUCUCCCCAUCGCACAGCCGUCACAGCAAUCUUCUCCUGUCUCCGUUGCAGCAGCCAUCAAUUUUGCAACAAAGCAUACCUGCCAUUUUGAGUCUUGGAAAGGUGUGAACUAAUUACUAGGAGCGCCAGCCCUUGGACGAUGCUUGCUUUUCGCAGCACCCGUUUGUGCAUCUUCAUUGGAUAUUCUUCACAUUCAAAAAGCUCAUUGCUGUAUAGAGUAGCUAGAUUUCAUGCCAAUCAUGGAUUUAAAUGCCAAAACUAUGGAGACGCUGGUGCACUAACUCUCUCAAGCGUUGGUUGUGGGUAUGAAGUUGAGACGGGGAAUAAGAAAUACAGGGGCCCUGAUUCUCUUGAUUUGCCAGUGUCACUUCCUUCUAGCAAAUCAAGGCUGUCAAAGAAGGAGGUAAAGAAGAAAUCCAUUGAGCAUUCCCUUGAGAUAGAAGCUGCUCCUUUUGCAGCAAAAACUUUUGCCGAUCUGGGCCUGUCACCUCUUUUAAUCGAUAAGCUGGACAAAGGGCAAAUGGCCAAACCCACUGAUAUACAGUCCAUGGCUAUUCCCACCGUUCUCAAGGGUCAUGAUGUGGUUAUUCAGUCUUAUACUGGUUCAGGAAAAACUCUGGCUUACCUCCUGCCAAUAAUUGACCUUGUUGGCACUCUGAAAGGAGGAAAUGACAGGUUCGAGUCCAAGAAUAAAUCAUGCAUUGAAGCUGUUAUUGUUGCUCCUUCGAGAGAGCUUGGCAUGCAGAUUGUAAGAGAAGCCGAGAAGUUACUGGGACCUGAGAACAAGAGAAUAGUGCAGCAGCUUGUGGGUGGAGCUAAUAGAUCUAGGCAGGAAGAAGCUUUGAGAAAGAACAAACCACUUAUUGUUGUUGGAACUCCUGGACGGAUAGCUGAGAUUAGCAUUGCAGGUAAACUGCAUACACAUGACUGUCGUUUCCUUGUCCUGGAUGAAGUGGAUCAGCUUUUGUCUUCCAACUUCCGGGAGGCCAUGCACCGUAUUUUGGAGCAUGUUGGUAAGAGGAAAAUCACCAGUGAAACAAGCAAAGAUCGACAGAUGGUGAUGGUGUCAGCUACAGUUCCAUUUCCUGUUCUACGAGCUGCAAGAAUCUGGUGUCAGGCUCCACUUGUGGUUCGUGCUAAUGGCAUAACAUCUCUGGAGAAAGAGUGCGCAUCUGGUAUCCAGACCACGGGCUACACUACCCAAGUAAAGGCAGUGGAGAGCCUGCCUCCUUCAUUGAAGCAUUAUUACUCCGUGACAAAGGGUCAGCACAAGGUGGACACCUUGAGGAGAUGCAUCCACGCACUAGAUGCAAAAGCUGUCAUCUGCUUCAUGAAUAACACAAGGCAGUUGAAGGAUGCUGUCUUCAAGCUUGAGGCCCGCGGCCUGAAGGCAGCUGAAUUACAUGGUGAUCUGGGGAAGCUUGCAAGGUCUACAAUACUGAAAGAUUUUAAAAAUGGCAGCCUGCGAGUUUUGGUGACAAAUGAGUUGUCUGCAAGAGGAUUGGACGUGCCUCAAUGUGACUUGGUGGUUAAUUUGGAUUUACCGACAGAUGGUGUUCAUUAUGCACAUCGGGCUGGACGGAGUGGGCGUCUUGGUCGGAAAGGCACUGUGGUGACUGUAUGCGAGGAGCCAGAGGUGUUUGUGGUGAAGAAACUUCAGCGGCAACUUGGAGUUGACAUUGUUGCUUGUGAGUUCAACGAGGGCCAGUUGGUUGAGUCCAAGCAUGACUAGUGGAUUAUCCCUCAGCAUUGCUGCCUUGGAACUAUGUUAAUUUUGGAUCCCCUGUACUAAUUGCAGGACUUGUAUAUGUUCUUAAAUCACAUGCUUGUCUGAAGUGCAUUUUCGUGGCCAGGAAUAUGAAACUUCAUGGCCAAGUUUUGCUUGUUCAAUACCGCUUAAUUUAUCCCUAAUUGCACCUCUUCAUGCGACAGAAAGUAAGCUUUUUUCAUGUAUAUAAAGAAAAUUAACCUGUGAAA